AUGCGCUCCGCAGCGGUCCUGGCGCUUCUGCUCUGCGCCGGGCAAGUCAUGGCCCUCCCUGUGAACAGCCCUGUGAAUAAAAGGGACACCGAGGUGAUGAAGUGCAUCGUUGAGGUUAUCUCUGACACGCUCUCCAAGCCCAGCCCCAUGCCUGUGAGCCAGGAGUGUUUUGAGACACUCCGAGGAGAUGAGCGGAUCCUCUCAAUCCUGCGGCACCAGAAUUUGCUGAAAGAGCUCCAAGACCUCGCUCUCCAAGGGGCCAAGGAGAGGGCGCGUCCGCAGAAGAAACACGGCAGUUUUGAGGACGAACUCUCAGAGGUUCUUGGGCAGCAGAACGACCAGGCCGAGCUGAAAGAAGGGACAGAAGAGACGUCCUCCAAGGAUGCAGAGAAAAGGGGGGAUUCUAAUGAGGCGGAGAAGAAUGCUGAAGACAUGGACAGAGCCGGGCCCCAGGCCGCCCCAGAACUUGGGCAGGGGUCCAAGGACGAGGAGGACAGCCAGGUCCCAGGGGAGGAGGGGGUUGCCAACACCCAUCCCCCAGCCAGCCUCCCCAGCCAGAAACACCCAGAUCCUCCGGCCGAGGGGGACAGCGAGGGCCCCUCCCAGGAUGUGGUGGACAGAGAGAAGGGCCAGGAUGCGGAGCAAGGACAGCAGGCAAGGAGAGAAGAGGAGGAGGAGGACGACGAGGAGGAGGCUGGAGAGAAGGUUCUCUCCGAAGGAGAAGGCCCCACCGAAGCAGCUGACCCCCACCCAAGCCUUGGCUACAAGGCGGUCCGGAGGGCCGAGAGUUGGUCCAAGGAUGGAGCCGGAAAGCCUGGGGCUGAGGAAGCUCAGUUCCCCGAGGGGCAGGGGGACCGGGAGCGGUCCCGGCCCGAGGAGGAGAUGGCAGGGGCCCCUCGGGGCCUCUUCCCGGGCGGGAAGAGCAGGGAGCCGGAGCCGGAGGAUGAGCGGCUCUCCACGGAGUGGGAGGACGCCAAGCGAUGGAGCAAAAUGGACCAGCUGGCCAAGGAGCUGACGGCGGAGAAGCGGCUGGAGGGGGAGGACGAGGACGACCCCGACCGCUCCAUGAAGCUCUCCUUCCGGCCCCGGGGCUAUGGCUUCGGGGGCCCCGGGCCGCAGCUGCGUCGUGGCUGGAGGCCAUCCUCCCAGGAGGACCCCGAGGGGGGCCUGCCCCCCCAGGUGCGCAGCUACCCAGAGGAGAAGAAGGAGGAGGAGGGCAGCGCCAACCGCAGACCGGAGGACCAGGAGCUGGAGAGCCUGUCAGCCAUCGAGGCGGAGCUGGAGAAGGUGGCCCAGCAGCUGCAGGCGCUGCGGCGGGGGUGA